AUGGCACUCACCAUGUCCAGCACCGCCGCGAUGGACGACAUCAUGGAUAUCGACAUUGACGUCGACCUCGGCGAAGAAGGCACCGCCAUGAACGAAGAGUUCGAACUCGAAGAGGGCGAAGAGCCGUCAUUCCAGCCCAGCAAUGCGCCUGUCACAGAGUCUACCACGAAUGUCAUACCAGCGAUAUACACUGAAGAUCCCAUGCUCGAGCCACAGUGGGAUCGAGUACAUAUCAGAGGUCUCGACGACAUGCAUACCACCGAGAUCGAAGCGUUCAUCCACGAUAACUUCCCAGAAGCAGAGGUUCGAGUCCAAUGGAUUGACGACACUUCCGCCAAUAUCGUCUUCAAGAGCAAAGAGCUAGCACGAGAAGGCCUGUCCAAGCUCACUAUGAACCCUAUCACGAUCGACGAAAUUAUAGCCUUACCACUCGAAUUGCGCACCGCAAAGGCCCUCUCCACCAGACCUAGCAGCAUGCUCACAGUCCGCAUCGCUCAAGUUGGCGAUCGGAAGAAGAAGAACGCUCGCGAGGCAAGUCGAUACUACCUCAUGAACCCCGAUCAAGACCCAGGAGAGCGCAUGCGGGGCGAGUUUGCCAACAACAGACCGAGAAGGCGCGAUAUUGGCGAGUAUGAGCGGCGGAGAUUUGAUGAUCGAGAGCAUCGGAGGAGACGGAGAGGCAACGACGAUACCAUGAAUGACUUCGCUGCGAGCAUGUAUGAUGAUGCGCCAGAGCCUAAUGCGCGUGGUCGGGACCUGUUCGCUGGUCGGUCACGGAGGCGGAGUGCUAGUCCUGGCCAGCGGAACAGUGACGAGAUCGAGCUCUCGGAUUCAGAAGAUGAUGGUAGACUCAAGAAGAGCAAAGGGUAUCGAGACCGAAGUGAUCGGCUCCCACCGUACACGAAGCGAGAUCCAGCACCAUUUCCGCGCACAAACUCCGGUAAAGAGCUCUUCGGCGUAUCAGAUCGUCCGGACGGCGGUCUUCAUUCCGAUCGCAUGGACACAGCGAAGCCAGCAGAGAGUCGUGAAGCAAAUGUUCAAGCAGCUAAGCGCAUGCGCGAUCACCUCAUGAGCGCCGCUCAGACGAGUCCUCGAGCCGGUCACCGCAGAAGCAGAGCUAUGGACGCCAAGAAUGCAGAGGAUCUAUCGGAACGCUUCGCUCGCAAGUCCUCACUUUCGAUGGACUCAACCAAGAGCGGUCCGGUGGAGCUCUUUCCUAGUAAUGGUCUCAGUAUCAAGGGUUCAGCGGGGCAGGGUAGUGGAGGAUUGAGUAUCAAGGGCAGGGCGGAAGUCAAAGAGCUGUUCCCGGAUCGGUACAGUGCGAACAAGAAUGCUGGAGUAGAGUUGUUCGAUCAGCCGAUUCGGGAGAGGAGGGUGAGGCGGACGGCGGGUGAUCUGUUCGAUUAG